AACACAAGUUUGACACCAUUUUAGAUAGCAUUAGCCUGCUAACAGGUCUGUUUUUCCUCUUGUCUACCGGUAAAUUUGAAUACUUCUGUGGUUUGAUCUAAAAUUGGUCUUUAUGGUGACAAUCAACGAACAUUACAUGGAUUACUGAUCGUUUCCUCUGAAUUUCCAGAGUGUUUGUGGCCAUCGAUUUUUUGGUUGGGAAGGCCAACACAAGGCAGAGAGCCUUUGUCAGCGCUGCUGCUGAGGCUUGCGCUUUCAUGUCGCUGUUUCUUUCGGGUUUAACUCUAAACACCUUUUUAAAGUAGUGUCAAGGAAUAUUUUCCCCGGGAAACGUUGUCUACAAAACGACACAGAAUAUAACCAGUAACUUUGCUGUCCUUCCGUCCAGAGAGCAAAUGGACGGUGAAGAUGAGUUCUUUUCCGGGAACCACUCUGAUGAUGGCAGUGGCACCCCUGUCCAAGAUGAAAACGCACCAGGCUCUGACGCAGACGAGGAUAUGAGAAGCGAACCUCGCCACUCCGAGGACGAGGGAAGUGACGGCGAGGGAGACGCUGCUGGUAGUAGAGCUAACGGUGGAGGCAGCGGUUCAGACCGGGACGUGGGCAGGGGUGAGGACAGUGACUCUGAUAAGGAUGGACCAGGGCAUGACAGUGAUUCUGAGCCUGAACGUCCCAGACCUGCGGAUAGUGAUGACGAUGAGGAAGAGGCUGCUUCGCCUCCCAAACGCAGAGGCAGUACCUCAGAGAACGAGGAAGAACAAAAACCGAACGCCAGCGACUCCGAGAACGAGGAGCCAAGUAAACCCCAGCCGGCACCUUCGGACGCAGGAAGUGACUCUGAAAACGAGGCCCCCAAGAGAAAGAAAAUAAUAGAUUCGGACGAGGAUGAUGACGAUGACACAAAAGCAGACGAUAAAAAGGAGGAAGGGAGCGGGAAAUGGAAGGGAGUUAUGCAGUCAGACAGCGAGGAAGAGGAUGAAGGGCGGGCUAAACCUGAUGCGGGAAGUGACCAAGAGCAGGAGGGUCAGUCGCGACGAGUUGCAGAAGAUAGCGAUGAUGACGAGGAUAAGCCAGUGAAGAGGAAGAAGGCCAUUCUCUCAGACAGUGAAGACGAUGAUGAUGAGAAAGUCGCCAAGAAGAGCCGCCCGAUGUCAGCCGGAGAGAACUCGGACAGCGAUGCUGCCUCUGACAUAGCAGAGAAGACCCAUGCCGCCAAACUGCGCGAGCUGGGCUCAGACAGCGAGGAAGAGGAGAAGCCAAAAGAAGACAGUGAGAAAAAAGACGAGAAAACGCUGUUUGGCAGCGACAGUGAGUCCGGAGAGGACGAAGAGGAAAAAAUGAUCGCAGACAUCUUUGGAGAGUCAGGAGAUGAGGAUGAAGAGUUUACUGGCUUCAAUCAGGAAGAGCUGGAGGGAGAGAAGGCUAAACCACAGGACUCCAAGGCAGUCGCAGCUGAUGACUCAGACUCUGAUGAAGGAGUAGAUCGGGGUGGUAGAGACACAAUAUCCGACUUCAUGUCUGACUUUGACAUGAUGCUGGCUCGGAAAAAGGCCCAGAGCAAAAAGCGCAGAAGAAACAGAGAUGGUGGAACGUUCAUCAGUGACGCAGAUGAUGUCGUGAGCGCCAUGAUUACCAAGAUGACAGAGGCAGCAGAGGAGGACAGAACACUAAAUAGCCAAAAGAAACCAGCUUUGAAAAAACUCACCCUGCUUCCAACAGUAGUUAUGCACCUCAAAAAGCAGGAUCUGAAGGAGACGUUCAUUGACAGUGGUGUGAUGUCCGCCAUCAAGGAAUGGAUCAGUCCGUUGCCAGACAAGAGCCUCCCUGCCCUCAGGAUCAGAGAAGAGCUGCUCAGGAUUCUACAGGAACUGCCCAGCGUCAGUCAGGAGACCCUGAAGCACAGUGGGAUUGGCCGUGCCGUCAUGUUCCUCUACAAGCACCCCAAAGAGUCACGCGGCAACAAAAACCUCGCCCUCAAACUCAUCAAUGAGUGGUCCAGGCCAAUCUUCGGGUUAUCGUCCAACUAUAAAUGCAUGACCAGAGAGGAGCGAGAACAACGAGACCUGGACCAACAGGUUGCCCCUCGCGGCAGACGCCUCAGUGAGCCCGAGAAGGUGGACAGGCCCCAGGAGCCGGAUGUCUUUGCCCCCCCUCCACCCAGCUCAGGGGGACAGACACCACGCAGGGAUCUGGAGAAAGUGCUGACAGGAGAGGAAAAAGCCCUUCGCCCGGGUGACCCAGGCUUCUGCGCACGUGCCCGAGUGCCCAUGCCCUCGAACAAAGAUUACGUGGUCCGGCCCAAAUGGAAUGUAGACACAGACUCCAACCGGGGUCCAGUCGUCAAGAAGGCCAUGUCUCGCGUGGACAAACAGAUGCGUCGUUUCGCCGAUAUCCGCCGCCUGACCAAGACUGGCCAUGCAGUCAAGAUCAGCGUAGAGGGCAACCGCAUGCCCCUUUGAUUUUAGAACAAACAUUGUUUCAGUUUUUUGUUUUUAUUUUGUUGUUUUUUCUUUUUUUGGCCGUUGUUUGUUUUUAUUUUAUUUUAUUUUUUGGUUUCCCUGAUUCUGCAUAACUAUCCAUACGCUGAGAUCCUGCUCAGUUUCACCCCACCUCCUCCACCUCGCCCUCACCCAUCCCCCCACCCAUCCCCAUCUGAAAUUAAGUGUAAGAUAUUAUUAGUGUGCAUUGCUAGGCAGUGCUGGUUCUUUGUCCAUAAGAUAGUGUUAGGUGUUGAUUUCCCAUUUCUUUCAGGCAGAUGUUGUACAGGAGUGGAGCGGAGUCGCUGUGCUCUUUGCUGUCGGAUGAGAUUGAUGUCACUUUUCAUAAUAAAGCCUUUCCAUGGUUUCCAGGGA